CUAUUUCUUCAUAUCUUCGAUCCUUUUUUGUUUGUUAUUGUGUUUUUUGCUUGCAUGUUUUGGGUUUUAUUUACAAUCUAUGAAAAACUUCAAUUGUGUUUAGUUUUAAUAAAAAUCUGAGUUGUUUUUAUGUUGCCACUGGAUCCGCUUCGGAUUCCAGCUUUCUGAUUCUUCCGUUUUCAGACUUUGAACAAUUAAUUAAUUAAUCAAAAUUUGUAUAAAACAAAGAAUGGGGAUUUGAGUCAGCUGGUGGGUCCUUUGGGAAACAACUAAAGUUUGAAUCUUGGCUGGGAAACUGCAAUCCGAUUGCUGAUAAAAUUCGGGGUUUUUCUUGAUUUUGCGGUGUUUUGAGCGGGUUCUUCUUUGAUGGCUCUGUUGGGGAUAAUAGUAAAUUUCGGGUUUUAGAAAACGUUGAUUCUUUCUGGAGGAUUGUUAUGGAUGAAGUUGGUCCUAGUAAUCAAGGAGAGCCUCGGACAACCUCAGGAUCGAGCUCUGAUGAAGGCUCUGCCAUGCGGUGGAGGCCGAGGCAGCUGAUUUUUAGGCCGUUCUCAACUACAAAAGAAGCUGAUAGAAAGCUGCGUGUUGUUGUCAAGAGGCCUUUGGUGGCAAGACUGACUAAGGACAUAAUUGAAACGUACCAAAUAUGCAACUCGCAAUUUAAAUAUUCAGAAGAAUUGAAUCCAAAGCGGUAUUUGACUAGCCCAUCUGCUGGUGUCCUCAACGAUGGCUAUGACAAUGCGAACUCAGAUCUUAUUCUAACAGUGAACUUUAUCCUGAUCAAUUUAGAAACACAACGAAGAUAUAUUGUCAAAGAUGUUCUUGGUCACGGGACUUUUGGGCAGGUUGCUAAAUGCUGGGUUCCUGAAACAAGCAGUUUUGUUGCCGUGAAGAUAAUUAAAAGCCAACCUGCUUACUAUCAGCAAGCACUGGUUGAAGUUUCUAUUUUGGCAACGCUAAACAAAAAGUAUGACCCAGAAGACAAGCAUCACAUUGUCCGUAUUUAUGAUUACUUUGUAUAUCAACGGCAUUUGUGCAUUUGUUUUGAACUUCUUGAUACAAAUCUGUAUGAACUCAUCAAGAUAAAUCAUUUCAGGGGUUUGUCAUUGAGCAUCGUUCAGCUGUUUUCGAAACAGAUUCUACAGGGACUGGCUUUAUUAAAAGACGCUGGAAUAAUUCAUUGUGAUCUUAAGCCAGAAAAUAUUCUUUUAUGCACGAGAAAUAACAGUGUCAAGCCAGCUGGAAUUAAAAUAAUCGACUUCGGAUCAGCUUGCAUGGAAGAACGGACUGUUUAUUCCUACAUCCAGAGCCGUUAUUAUAGAUCUCCUGAAGUUCUUCUUGGAUACCAAUAUACAACAGCCAUUGACAUGUGGUCCUUUGGCUGCAUAGUCGCUGAACUGUUUUUAGGGCUGCCUUUAUUCCCAGGCGCUUCAGAAUUUGAUCUUCUAAGGCGAAUGAUAAAAAUACUCGGAUCACAACCCCCUGAUUAUGUUCUAAAGGAGGCAAAGAACACAAGUAGGUUUUUUAAGUGCGUUGGGAGUAUAAACAAUAUGGAGAAUGGUGAAUGUGGUGGCAGAAGUGCUUACCAAGAAUUAACGGAAGAAGAAUAUGAAGCUAGGGAGUUAAAAAAACCACUGAUGGGGAAAGAGUAUUUCGGUUAUAAGAACCUUGAAGCAGUUGUUAGAAAUUAUCCUUACCGCAAAAACUUGCCUGAAGAGGAUAUCAUUAAAGAGGGUCAAAUACGGUUAGCUUUGAUUGAUUUCCUGAGGGGACUAGUUGAGUUUGAUCCAGCAAAACGGUGGUCACCUUUCCAGGCUUCAAAACACCCUUUUGUUACUGGGGAACCUUUCACAUGCCCAUACAGACCGCCCCCCGAGACCCCUCAAUUGCCUGUUGCUCAAAACAUCAAGGUGGAUCAUCACCCUGGUGGAGGGCAUUGGUUUGCAGCUGGUCUUUCCCCUAAUAUUCAAAAUAGGAACAUGGUUCUCUUUCAUAACAGUCCACAGUUCCAAAUGAUGCCGUAUGCUCAUGCAAAUAGUUAUGGCAGUAUAGGAAGUCAUGGCAGCUAUAAUGAUAAUAUUGGACUUGGAAGCAGCUAUGGGAGUUACGGAGAUAGUAGUAAUAUGUUUGCAUAUUAUUCACCUGUUGGUCCGUCUGCAAUGAACAUGCAUCCGCAGAGCGGUACAUCAAUGCUUGGAAGUAGUCCUGAUGCUAGAUGGAGAUAUAUGCAGUACUCUCAGGGUACAGGACUUGGUGUUAGUCCAUCAGCUGGAAACUUUGCACCACUUCCCCUUGGCACUAGUCCCUCUCAAUUUACUCCUCCAAGCUCAUACAGUCAAAUAUCAGGUGGUUCUCCUGGGCACUAUGGUCCCACUUCUCCCGCGAGAAACAGUUGUCAGGGAUCACCUUUAAGUAAGAUGGCUACAGCUGGCCAAUUUAAUAGAAGAAAAAGCUGGGGAUAUUCAGUAAGUUCCCAAUCUCAAGAGAGUUCAUCAUCUUUGAACUGGCAAGGACAAGUAACCGAUGGCACCAUAUCUAGCCAAGCUGAGGGACACUCUCAAGUGAUCGGUGGUUUCCCCUCUCACAAGCCGUCAAAUUCUAACACAGCCAACUUGAACCAACAGCUAGGUGGCAUUGGAACGGCUACAAUCUACUCAACUGCACAGAAUAUACCCAACUCCAUCACACUUGGUUCUAAUUUGCAACUUCAGCGUAGCACAGGAGCAACUCAAGACAAGUCAGAGGCCAGCGAGCCAUUGCCCAAUCCUGGAGAUUGGGAUCCAAAUUAUAGUGAUGAACUACUACUACAAGAGGAUGGAUCAGAAGAGAGCUGCUUACCAGCUGACUUUAACAGAGGAAUGCAUAUCGGUUCAGCCGAUUCAUCUGUUGGAGUUGGAAGAUUCAACCGUCUCUCAACCACAAACUCAAAUUUAUCAAUUCAAAGACAAAAUGUACCUGUAGGAUUUUCACAUGUAGAAGUGGGUAGCCCUCCUUCAACUAACAAUUUACACGCCGGAUAUACUCGUCAUUUGUCAAAGCAUUCUCACUUCAUGCCACAUAUGACUCAAAAUUCUCCUAGCCGUUUGGGGCAGCAAACUGUGCAGCGGUUCAAUCACGGCAGAUCCACUGGUGCUCGGGAUAGUGAAUGGAAUCACAUGAAAGUCCAGCUCCCUGCUUCUAGCUUUAAUUAUGGGGGGCCACGUUCUCCUGGAAACAGUACAUUCAGUAAUGGCAUGCCAUGGGGGCGUAGGGCCAACCAUCCCGUCUCAGAUAUUCCACCAGGUUCUCGCAGAAGAAAGGACUACGGGAGGAUUGCAUAACGUUGGAACCAACUCGAGUUUUUACAGCGUUGGAUUAUGUAUUGGGUGUUUGACAAGAAAUAUGUACUCAAACAGUUCACUUAAUUAGCGAGGUCAUUAUAAGCAAAUGCUCAUUUA